UGCCUUCUGGCAAUCUGAGAUCGUACACAAUACAAUUGAUCAGGCUUGCCUGCAAAUCCUGAACAAGGCAACUUGUCCCAUCUUACUUUUUUUAAAUAAGACCGGGCUUACUUCUUUAAAAUACGACCGGGCUUACCUAUGAUUUAAUUUUAACCGGUGGUAGCAGGUGAAGUUACUGUAAAAUUUCGCAUCUCUCGUGCUUUUCCAGGACACACAAUGAACGAAAGGCUGAAUUCCAACUCAACAUAUGUAAACGAACAGACAUGGCUGGAUCCAAACUCAAUGUUUGUAAAUGGACAGACAUGGCUGGAUCCAAACUCCACAUUUGUAAAUGGACAGACAUGGCUGUUUCAGAAUCGUUCCAAGGAAUACUUCCACCCACAGUACAACACCACUUACAUUGGGUUUUACCUACAUCGGACUCCUGUGGCAGUCACUUUCAUUGGCUCCUACCUACUUAUUUUCCUGGUGUGCAUGCUUGGAAAUGGAGUGGUUUGUUGUAUUGUGCUCAGAAGCAAGCACAUGCGAACAGUUACAAACCUUUUCAUCUUAAACCUCGCUGUCAGUGACCUGCUGGUUGGUAUUUUCUGUAUGCCUACAACUCUGCUGGAUAACAUCAUAACUGGGUGGCCGUUUGGAAGCCUGGUGUGCAAAAUGAGCGGGAUGGUUCAAGGAAUAUCAGUGUCCGCAUCUGUGUUUACUUUAGUGGCUAUUGCAGUUGACAGGUUUCGCUGCAUUGUUUAUCCUUUCAAGCAAAAACUGUCAAUCUCAACUGCAAUACUGAUUAUUGUGGUUAUCUGGGUUCUGGCUAUUUCAAUCAUGACCCCAUCAGGAGUCAUGCUACAAGUAACUGAAGAGCAAAAUGUGAGAGUGUUGUUAGGUGAAGGCAAAAAAACCAACCCUUUGUACUGGUGCAGAGAAAAUUGGCCAAAUCAAGAAAUGAGAAAAAUAUACACCACUGUCUUGUUUGCAAACAUUUAUCUUGCCCCACUUUCCCUUAUAGUGAUCAUGUAUGCUAGAAUUGGGAUUACUCUUUUUAAGACGUCCGUGCCUAUAUGUGGAAAAGCAGGCAAUGAAAACCGUCAGAUAGUCUCAAAGAAGAAGCAGAGGGUUAUAAAGAUGUUACUCAUCAUUGCCCUUCUGUUCAUUCUUUCCUGGUUACCACUGUGGACUUUGAUGAUGCUUAGUGAUUAUGCAAACCUCAGUGAGUACAAACACAGAGUAAUCAACAUUUACAUCUACCCUUUCGCACACUGGCUUGCCUUCUUUAACAGCAGUGUUAAUCCCAUCAUCUAUGGCUACUUCAAUGAAAACUUCCGCAGAGGAUUUCAGGCAGCUUUCAAGUUCAAGUUGUGCUCGGCUGAUAUAGAGCGCAAAGAGACCUACUCUCGCAGGGUCCAAGGAAAUGCUGUGCUACCAGUAGGCAUCCAAAAUCCUAAUGAUCCUAUAUCAAACCUGACUAACAGCAUGGAGAACCACAGUUCUAAAAGGAAUACUGGUCUAAAUGAGCAGGACUUGAUUAUGGAAGACCUUGAACAGAUAACAAAUAACAAUAGAAUACAAAGAGAUUCUUUAUAA